CGGGUUUGUGUGUGUUUUUUUUUUAAUGCAAGACCGGGAGCGAUCCUUUCCAGUCCUAGUCAGCGUCUGGCGUGUUUACUGCACGCCGAAGCUUGCAAAUGGUUAACGUACAAGCCAGCCUCGCUUGUGAAGUCUGCUGUGAAUUUUAAUUGAGGCGAAGGGAUCCCUGUUCACAGGAUGGUACUAGUGGACUCCCUGCCUCGCUCUGGUUCCCCCGCCCUGCCAGAUUUCUUGCUUUAAAAAAAAAGAAAGAAAGAAAUCGCUCCCCGCCUCAGUCAAAUGGUUUGCACUGCCUGCCUUUGAUCCUGGAUUUUAACUUCAAGGAACUGCGGCUUUACGCACCCGAGUUUUCCGCAAAGUGAGAUUUAACCCACAGGAAGGAGAGGGGGAAAAUAUAACCAAGAAAAGUGUCCGUUUGAGGGGAAUAACCAGGCUCCGGAUUUCCUUUAGAAGAGCUCCUCUGUGUGCAUCGCCGAUCUUGUCAGUGGGUGUAGCUGCUGUUACAGACGCUGUUGGAAGACCAUGAAGCUCUGGAUAAUUACAUUAAGUUUGAUGGGGGUUGCUUGUGAUGUAUUCCAGUAUGAACCAGCUUUCCCUUCAUCCAUUGGAUCUUGUGAGGCAUUGUGCUAUUGUGAAGAAAAGGAUGGCAUCUUUCUUAUAUACUGUGAAGGCAGAGGCAUUGAGGAGUUAUCUCAAGUACAGGUUCCACCAUCUCGGCCUUUCCAUCUUAGUCUUCUAAACAACAGUUUGACUCUAUUACAUGAGAAUGAUUUCUCCAGAUUUGUCAAUGCUCUCACCCUACACCUAGGAUUUAACUACAUUGAAGACAUUGAACCAGGUGCGUUUAAUGGUCUAAGUCUCCUUAAGCAACUUCAUAUCAACCACAAUUCUUUAGAAAUGCUUAAAGAGGACACAUUUCAUGGGCUGGAAAGUCUGGAAUUCCUUCAAGCAGACAAUAAUUUCAUCACAAUAAUUGAACCAAGUGCCUUCAGCAAGCUCAACAAGCUUAAGGUGCUCAUUUUAAACGACAAUGCCAUCGAGUUUCUUCCUCCUAAUGUAUUCCGCUUUGUGCCAUUAACUCAUUUGGAUCUUCGUGGGAACCAGCUGCAGACUCUGCCUUACGUUGGUUUUUUAGAACAUAUUGGCAGAAUUCUAGACCUUCAGUUGGAAGAUAAUAAAUGGGUCUGUAACUGUGACCUGCUGGAGUUAAAGAGCUGGCUAGAAAAUAUGCCUCCCCAGUCUAUAACAGGUGACAUUGUGUGCCACAGCCCUCCCAUUUUGAAAGACAGCAUUUUAAGUAGAUUAAAAAAGGAAUCACUCUGCCCAACAAACCCUACAAAUGAUCUUGAUGCCCCAUCAGGAUCAUUGCCCUUGGUGGUUACUACAUCAGUCAGCGAUAAUCACUACUCCACCAAGGUAAUACCUAUUUUUAAAGCUCCUACCAAGGAAUCCAGUUUAGUACUUCACGUAACAAAACCAGCUACCCUGCUUCCUGGAAUAUAUUGUCCGAUCCCAUGCCAGUGCACGAGCCAUAUUCUUUCAGGGAUUUUAAUGCAAUGCCAGGAACAAAACAUUGAGAGCCUCUCAGAUUUAGGACCCCCUCCUCCAAAUCCUAAAAAGCUUAUUCUAGCUGGAAAUAUAAUUCAGACUUUACUCAAAUCAGACCUUGUAGACUAUGGUAGUCUGGAAAUGCUUCACUUGGGAAACAAUCGUAUUGAAAUUUUAGAAGAAGGAUCCUUUAUAAAUCUCACCAGACUGCAGAAAUUAUAUCUGAAUGGCAAUCAUCUCACCCAGCUAAGUCGGAAUUUGUUCUUAGGUUUGCAGCAUCUUGAAUAUCUGUAUCUUGAAUAUAAUGCCAUCAAAGAGAUUUUACCAGGAGCAUUUAACCCAAUGCCUAAACUUAAGGUCCUGUAUUUAAAUAAUAAUCUUCUUCAGACUUUGCCACCUCAUAUUUUUGCUGGAGUUCCUCUAGCCAGGCUAAAUCUGAAAACAAACCAGUUUGCACAUUUGUCUGUAGGGAAUAUCUUGGAUGAUCUGGAUCUAUUAGUACAAAUUGAGCUGGAGGACAAUCCUUGGGAUUGCACUUGUGACUCAAUUGGCCUGCAGCAAUGGAUACAAAAGCUGAGCAGAAAUACAAUGAUGGGUGAAAUUUUCUGUUCAUCUCCAAGGCAUUUAGCUAAAAAAGAACUGAAAUCUCUGAACAGGGACAUGUUAUGUCCAGGUUUGAUCAACAGCCCAGCCCUUCCAACUCAUGCUAGCUUCAUUAUUGUCACAACAUCAUCAACCACCACCAAUACAGCAGACACCAUUCUACGAUCUCUCACUGAUGCCGUCCCACUUUCUGUUUUGAUCCUGGGCCUUUUGGUUAUGUUUAUAACUAUCAUUUUUUGUGCAGCCGGUAUCGUUGUCCUUGUUCUGCACCGACGGAGAAGAUACAAAAAGAAGCAGGUGGAUGAGCAGAUGCGGGACAGCAGCCCGGUGCAACUUCAGUACAGUAUGUAUGGUCACAAAACAACACACCACACCACUGAGCACCCAUCCACAACCUUGUAUGAACAGCGCAUGAUCGGUCCCAUGGUUCAAGUUUACCGAAGCCCAUCUUUCAGCCCCAAAUUUGCAGACCGUCAAGAAGACCGGAAUGACAAGGGCACAAAUGAUUCCAGACACCUUCGCCGAAGCCUGUUGGAAAAGGAACACUCGUCCCCUUUGACAGGGUCAAAGGUCAAAUACAAAGCUGCAGACCAAUCAGCUGAAUUUCUGUCUUUCCAGGACGCAAGCUCUUUGUACAGGAAUAUUCUUGAGAAAGAAAGAGAACUCCAGCAACUAGGGAUAACUGAGUAUCUGCGGAAAAACAUUGCUCAGUUACACCCAGAUAUGGAAGUACAUUAUCCAGGAGCUCAUGAAGAACUCAAGCUUAUGGAGACACUCAUGUACUCCAGGCCAAGAAAGGUUUUACUAGAACAGACUAAAAAUGAGUAUUUUGAGCUCAAGGCCAACUUGCAUGCAGAACCUGAUUACCUGGAGGUGUUGGAACAGCAGACAUAGAGUAAAUAAAUAGCUAUAAUGAAAAUAAAUUGAAAAACCUUUUGGAGGGACCGAAUCAGAAACUACAAGUACUAUCUUAGGUGGAAACUUUGUAAAUAAAAGUGCCUUAUAAUGUGUCAUCAAUCAGACAUUUUAAGCACAGCAGUAAUCUGAGUGGAAAGAAACUCUCAGGGAUAACUGUGUGAAGCCAUGGGAAAGUUUGCAGGCAAUAUGUCUCUCUCUCACACACACAUUCCCCCCCCC